CCAUGGCCCCGAAUCAACAUGUCUAAUUUUUCGCCACACUGUGAAACGUCCGAACGCGCCCCCACAAUGCCCCAUGAUUUUGCAUGAUUGUGAGGCAUUGCCUGCAUGCAACACAAGUUGAGUCCGAUGGGGUCCACGUAUAAGAACAAUGACUGGACGGAAGCAGCGCUUAGCCCCCAGGCAAAUCAGACAUUUUCCGCACAAUCCAGUGAUAAAAGCUGCAACGGCGCCUAUGAUUUCUCCUGAAGUCACGCAUCUAAACCCCUCGCUGCCCUCAAAUCAUCCAGCUUUUCCGAAAAAGAGAAAAUGCCCCUACUGCCAGACAUCAAAGCUCAGCAUAUUCGUACAGGCAGGUGGCAGGAUCUCACUGCCCCUUGGUACCAACAACAUCUUUGGACAACAACAAAUGUGGAAGCCGUAAUUGUGAUUGGACUUCUGGGAAUCCUAGGAGCAAUUGCUGGUGAUGCAACUUGGCCUAUUCUUCGCCACUACCUCCAGCCUGCAGUACAGCUCCCAGACCCAGAAAGCAGACGAAACAAGUUGUCACGAGCGGAUGCUAUCAACGCCCUAUGGGUGAGAUUGAGACUUAUGAUGCGAAGCCUGGAAGAUGGAAUGAAUCACAGCAAUAGAUUCAUAGAGAAGACUCGGAUCAUCUUAAGCAUCAUAAAGGGCAACCAUCGCCAGGCGCCAGCAGACAGCGACAUCGGGCUACGGUUUGGGGUUUUCGCUAUCAUCAGCACCGCCGCUUUCCUUGUACUGGGAAUUCUUAUUCCAUUUUUUCUGGGUGAAGGGCUACAAGGACAAGCGGCUGUUCAAGCUUUGCAAGUCUACCAUUCUGAAUACCUUCAGGCCGGUUGGUCAGCCAUCUAUAAUGAGCGGGUUUGGGCCCAAGUUGAAGAGGACAUGAAAACAUGCGUAAAGUACCGGAUCGGCUGGAAGAAUACUCAGCAUUGUAUGGGUAUCCGUGAUAAUCUACCUUUGUAUCGUGUUGAAAAUCUGAGUUUAAUGGAUCCCCGCCUAAAUCAUUCGACGUACCGUCUGCUACUUGAGAAUGGAAACGCGAACUUUACGGCAUUGAGGGUCAGUAGGAACACUAGCUUUCAAGAUAUUUCAUUCAAUAGGAGGAAGGACGCAAAGAAAAUUCUCCACGAGUUGACCUGCCUACCAAUGGAUCUAGACCCAUACAUCAAAAAGUCCAAUGGUACCUACAAGAAAUUCGAUCAUUCCGGAAGACCAAGCGUGGUCGAACAUGGGGACACCUAUAACCUCAACGUCGAUUGUAUCAAACCGGCCAGAAAACCAACACAACACGAGGUAAACCCGGACGGACCUAAACCCACUACCCAUUGGAGUAUGAUCCUCAGAACCUCUAAUGCAAUCGGUUCUUACUCUCAGUUGGUCAAGGAGUACAUGGAGCAUAAUUAUGCGCAAACAAUAACUCGGUUGAAGAACGUAGGCCGUGACGGUGCGACGUGGUAUCAAACCACUGUAGAUGCGGUGUUACCAUGGGUCGCAUUCUCAGGACCGGAAUAUGUCUACCCAUCUUUCAAGCACGAAUUAAUGCCCUUAUACGAACUACUAGAAGUUCUUGAAGGCUUUAUUUUUACUAUCAAGUCGGCGCAAAGGUUUUAUGAAUCUUGGCCGCUAUAUGAAUAUAAGGAUCCGAUCUGGGUACCGAAUGAUCCAUUAUCCCGAGCGCAUAUCUCGGAUGAUCUCAUACACUUCACCGAUCGAGAGGUUUCGGCACUCAUUUGUACCGAAAUAUUCAAAACAUGUGAAAGAAAUGAAUGCAGAGAGCCUUAUCCCAGGCCUGAAUUCGUGAGUCCGUCAGACAAUUACGAGCAAGAGGAAUGGCUAGAGCGGUAUUUCCUUGGAAUCAUGUCCGUAUGGAUGGACACCUCGAUGGGCUCGAUCUAUACAGUGUAUCGGACAUCCUACGAAUAUAUAGAAAAAGAAGGUGGAAGACGAUGGCAAGAAGACGUCGAAGAGAGAUUCAUACGGUCGAUGCUUCGAGUUCUACAUGGUUCCAGGUACAUGGCUGAACAAGCAGUCUACAAGAGGUCUCCAAAUCCGUCCGAUCCGCCGAUUCCCAGCCCACUGCUAUAUGGAAAUUCCGGAUACACCAACAUCAACAUCCUCGGGUAUGCUGCUACACUUUUUGGGUAUUUGUAUAUUAUCGCUAGUAGCUAUUGGCUAGUGCUGUUUUGGCCUUUGGCUCACCCUAUUAAAUUCACUGUUCUGGUUGCCGGACUGUGUGUGAGAAUGUACCACAGGGUUAUUGAAUAUUGGGGAAACGCAAAUAUUCAAUUCGUAGGGCGUAUAAGAUAG